AUAUGAAACUAAUCAAAUCCGCAAUAUCCGGACAACAUAGUAAAGAUGUCUGCCAAGUGACACCAGAAUUUUUUGUUAAUUCACAGCAAGACAAAGACUAUAUUCUUCAUUGAGAGCAAUGUAUCCUCGCCAUAAUUACCACUUCCUGGAGAGGGCGGGUCCAUAUUCUAGUGGUAGAGAGCCUUACCCUCCAGUUCCAGGAGUUCAUCCCUCUCCUCCUCCACCACACCCCCCAUCAUUCCCUCCCUUUGAUCCUCCUCCUCCUCCUCCUUUACCUUACGAUGAUGAACCCCCUCCUCCUCCUCCUCCUCCUCCCCCUCCUCGUGAAGAUGUAACGACUCUCUUUCAUUCUUACUCUACAGCCGGUCCUCCUCCUCCUCAUUCACUUAAUGUCCCCACUCAACCACAGCCGCUGUUCAAUGAGACUCCUGGUUCCUCUGCAUACUACAACAGGUCCUCUUCCUUCACCAGUAGAGAUCAUUAUGUAGGCGGUCAAGGACCUCAUCUAACAUAUGGUAAUUAUGAGUCUAGAAUUGAUAUUAGUGUCCAUCAGGGAGGUAGAGGUGAGUCUCAUUUUCCUCCUGAGACAAAUCCUUCACCUCAUUCCUCUUAUCCUGGUGGCUACCACACUGAUCAUCAUCAUCAUCACCUCCCUCAGUCUAAUUUCCCUCAAUGGAGAGAACGCUCUCCUCCUGAGACUCGCCGUAUACCACAGUCUUGGUCCGGAGACCACGUUUCUUCCUCCUCUUUCCCUCCUCCUCCUCAUCCUUCCCAUUCAGUUCAACCUGUUCCUCAUGCUCAGUGCCCUCCUCCAUUGUUUCCUGUUGAGAGUCUCAAGAAGAUUGUACCAGCUGAAACUAUAUUUGAUAUGUCUAGAAGGAAAGUAAGACCAUCUCAUGUAAGUGAAUCCGCAGUAUUUCUUAAUAUGGCAGUCGGUAAUUAAUAAGAUCAGCUCUAU